UGCUUUAUUUGGCAGGAAGUUGGGUGUCGGUAACAGGAAGUUCAACAAUGAGGACACUUUAAGGAGCAGGAAUUGGCAAAGAUCAGUCCAAACAGGGGUUUGAUUCUUUUCAAGAAUCCGUCUAAAGCAGGAGCUGCAGAGUUAUCCUCUAGAAUUUGAAGGCAAAAGCAAUUAUGUCUUCAGCUGUCGAUCUUAAGACCAAGGAGGAAAAGGACGCGGAGUUGGACCGACGAAUCGAAGCUUUGAGGAAGAAGAAUGAAGCUCUGGUCAAGAGGUACCAGGAAAUUGAGGAAGACAAGAAGAAGGCAGAAAAGGAGGGAAUUGCCGUGACAACAGCUCGUAAGCCCCGCCCCCAGGAUCCUGAGGCCGAGCGACGGAAGACUGAGAAGGAGAACUUCACCGUCACCGUGGACCUUUCCAAACCUGCAGGGGAGAAGCGAGUCGUGAACAACUGGAAACCCGGAACGCCUCGAGGCCGGAAGACGUCGGAAGACGAUGACAACCGAGGCCCCGGCGACAGCCACAGCCACAGCCCCCCCCGGAGGACGGGGUCCGGCCGGAUGGGACGGGGAGGUCAGAGGGGCGGAGGAGAGGGCGGAGGAGGCGGUCGCCAAGAGAGAAGAGAGUGGGAAUCCAGGACACACAGAGAGGGGGAGCCCGAGUCUGGAGGCCAGGGACGCAGAGGAGGACGGCGAGGGAGAGGUAGAGGAGGAGGAGGAGAAGGAGGAAGAGGAGGAGGAGGAGGAGGUGGAGGAGGAGGAGGAGAAGGAGGAACUCCAGGUGGAGUAGACAGGAAGUCCAAGGAAUGGGAGGAGAGGAGACGACAGAACAUCGAGAAGAUGAACGAGGAAAUGGAGCGGAUAGCGGAGUACGAGCGCGGCCAGCGGACGACAGCAAGCGGCCUCCGAAAGCCCCGACAUUUGGAGACUUCCUGUCCCAGGGCAGGACGCAGGGAUCCCGGGGGGAGCGUGGCCGAGGGCGGGGCCGCGGACAGAAGCAGAACUACAGCAUGCAUGACGACCGCUGGGAGGAAGACAAGGAGGAAGAGGAGGAGAAGAAGAAAAGAGAGGAGAGGCCAAAGAAGAAGGAGGAGAAACAAACUCCUCCCACUCCGCAGAAGGCGGAGGAGAAGAAUGAUGGAGAAGCGGGUGAAGACGACGAGGACGAGUGGGAGGAUGCUAGCGAUGAAGAGGAAGACGAGGAUGCGGCACAGAAAAGAAGCGGCUCGGAAUGGGUUGCCGGGGGCGGCGGGAAGAAGGAUUCUGGGAACAGCAAAGGCAGCUCGCCGGCGUCGCCACAGGCAAGAUCGCGACCAGCGUCAGCCGGAAACCCCAAAGAGCAGCGCACGCCGCGCCCCAAGGUCCACAUCCCCUCCCCCGCCGCCGCUCAGGAGCCCACCGAAGGAGCCAAACCCCUCAGCCCCUUCGACCCGCUGGAGGGUCACCAGCCUGUGUCGGACUGGGGGGAGGAGAUGGAGAUGGUGUCGCCCCGGUGCAUCAUGGGAAACGAGAGCCCGCUGAAGCCUCUGAGCGCCGAAUCCAGCCCGCCGAAGAAGAGUGAGCCGGAGGAGGGGCUCCGAGACGCCGAUGAGCCCACUGAGCCGCAGAGGGCGGAGCCAACAGCUGCUCCUCCUUCUGCUCCUUUAGUGGAAAGUACUCCCCAGACUGUGACAGUCUCAGAACCAGAACCAGAACCUGAGGCGGUCAUCCCAGAGUCCCACCCCAAUUUGUCUUCUGACUCCGCCCCCUCAGUGGUCACAGAGGACCAGGAUGCACCUGUUCAGCCACAAGAGGACCGACCCGACUCCCCCUCUGACCUCCCUGAGGCCGAGCAGAACCCCCCCGAUCUGCCAGCAGAGGUAGAGCACGCCGCAGCGCCCGGAGAGACCGACGGCGCCCCAGAAGCAGCAGAGGCGGCGCCGGCUUCAGAGCAGACGUCUUCAGACUGAAGCCAGAUCCAGAUUCCCUCCAAAAAGGAUGAAGAUGAGAGGUCAUCCCGUUUCUGAACAAAUGAUUUGAACCAUCCAGAGGAAGAGGAGGAGCAUGUCCCUCAUGGACCUGCAUCUUCCUCACUUCUCUUUCACAACAAAAGCACCAAACUGAACUUCUGGUUUUGGUUUCACCGCCGGUUCUUCUGCAGGAUGAAGAUCGACAAUAACAUUUUUAUUUUAAUCAUGUUUUCUUUUCUAUUUCAUGGAUGAAUUGAGCUGCGUGAGCAUCAGCCGAGCAGGAUCUUUGUGAGAAGCUCGCGAUGAAUCUUCUCAAAAACUCAAUCAUGUUGUUAGUUUUACGAUUGACUGGUUUUUGCAGAAACAGCAGAUGGAAAUCUGGAUCUGCAUCACAUUUUGUUGAUCAGAGCGAGGGUUUGGAGGAACCUCCUCUCCACUUCAGGACUCUGAAUGACAGCUGUCUCAUUUUAUAUUGAGUUUCAUCCUAAAAACCGCCUCAUGUGUUUCACUCUGAAUCACGUUCUCUGAAAAUCCUCCUAAAGCCGUGAGGAUUCAGAUGCAAACACAUCUGUCUCAUAACAUCAGUGUUUCUUCAUUUGAAAAAGACUUUAUUGUACUUUAAAGUAUUGUUUUUACAGAAAAUCUAUGUUUUUUUUCAGUUUUCUCCAUGAAUUUCUCUGUUGUUUUUAAGUGGGAGCUCUGUUUCCUGUGCGGAGUGAAGGCGUCACUCGGGUUUGUUUAAAGAAUCAACGGGGUUGCUUUAAUGUCUCUAAGCUGUAGAUCUGAAGAAAAAAACAAAUGCAUUUAUGCUGAAUAAACUACAGGAUGUAACGUUGUUUUUCUUCUGUA